AUGUCGUUGCAAGGAUCUACCGUGCUCAUCACUGGAGCGUCGAUGGGAAUCGGCGAAGCAAUCGCCCACUCCUUCGCGCAAGAAGGCGCCAAUCUGAUUCUUUUCUCCAGAUCUGAGGACAAACUUCAAACCAUCGCAUCGGCCGUGCAAAAAGAGAACCCGUCAUCCAAAGUUCUCGUCAAGGCCGUUGACAUCCAAAGCUACGAGGCCGUAGAAGCAGCCGUGAAAGUAGCCGUCCAGGAGGUCGGCGAAAUCGACAUUCUCAUCAACAAUGCUGGACUGGCUCUUGGCGCGCCCUCAACUUUCUCCGACCUCAAAAUCAGCGACAUCCUGGCCAUGAACAACACCAACAUCAACGGCCUCAUGUUCACCACCUAUGCCGUCCUAAACGCAUCCAUGAUACCUCGAAAGGCCGGCACCAUCCUCAACGUCACCUCGGUCACGGGUCUCGAGGUGCCCCCGUUCCCUGGAGAAUCCGUCUACCACUGCAACAAGGCGGCGCAGGAGGCGUUCACGAACGCGCUCCGCAACGAGCUCUGCGGGACGAAUAUUCGUGUCUUGGCGCUGCGGCCGGGAUGUGUGGCCACGAACUUUCACUCUUUACGUGUGGGUCAUGAUAAGGAGAAAUAUGACAAGUUUUUUGAGGGUUAUGAGCCGCUCGUUUCGCAGGAUAUCGCCGGCGCAGCGGUGUAUAUGGUCAAACAGCCAUUGAAUGUCUCGGUGAAGGCGAUGGAUAUUGUUCCUUCUGCGCAACGAUCUUUGACUGUGUUUGAUCGGGAUUGGAGUGCACGGAAUGCGUGA